CAAUUUAAUGAGAGGAUAUGUCCGUGAGUAGGUGGACUUCUAGAUGCAUAAAUACAAAAUAAUACACUAUCAUUCGUCCGUCUCAGACUUGUUCUUUCCAAUUUCAUCUCCUCCGGCCGACCACGAGGUACUCUUAGCUGCAAGAUCAUAUAUAUAUAUAUGUCGUACUUCAGGACAUUCCUUAAUAGUCCUGUUGGACCCAAGACUACCCAUUUCUGGGGCCCUGUAGCCAAUUGGGGAUUUGUUGCUGCGGCAAUGGCUGACAUUGAGAAACCUCCAGAAAUGCUUUCUGGCAACAUGACUGGAGUGAUGUGUGUAUAUUCAGCUUUAUGCAUGAGAUUUGCAUGGAUGGUGCGGCCUCGCAACUAUCUACUUCUUGUAUGCCAUGCCUCAAAUGAAACGGUUCAACUUUAUCAACUUUCACGUUGGGCUAGAGGUCAAGGGUACUUACAGCUGAAGGAAGAUACGACGCCUUCGACUUGACAUCAGAUUGUUUUUCUUCCCCCUUAAUGGAUUUCUAUAUAGGGGGUUAUUGUAAUUAAAAAAGUGUACACAAACAGUAAGGACUGUAGAUGUAGUCUUUUCUGCGUUUCUGAUCAUAUAGUUCGUUGAAUUAGGAAAUCAAAAUGCUGUUUCCCUUCAAUAGGGUAACGGAUAUAGCUGUGUCAUGCGUACAUGUAUCCCUUAUUUCAUAUGGCUCACUAUACGAAAACACUAGAGUUAUCACGAAAAUUAAGUACUAAGAAAUUUCAAAACAAAAUAAUGCAUUAGACUUGUUCUUUAAGGUUA